CGCCGCCAUGGCGGCGGUCGCCCGCCCCGCGUGGCUGGCUCUGCGGCCGGCCACCUGGACUCUUCGUGCCUUUUCCACCGAGGUGUCUCCGGCCCCUCGCGCUCCUAGGCCGAGCCUGCGUACAACAGAAAGAACUUCCAAGCAUGAAAGGCCCCAGAGAAGAAAGGCACUACCUCCUAGGACAGAGAAAAUGUCUGUUGACCAGGACUGGCCCAGUGUUUAUCCCGUUGCAGCACCCUUUAAACCCUCAGCUGUACCUCUUCCUGUUCGAAUGGGUUAUCCAGUGAAAAGAGGGGUGCCUAUGCCCAAGGAGGGAAAUCUAGAACUUUUAAAGAUCCCCAAUUUUCUGCAUUUGACUCCAGUUGCAAUUAAAAGGCACUGUGAAGUUCUUAAAGAUUUCUGCACUGCAUGGCCAACUGCACUAGAUAGCGAUGAGAAAUGUGAGAAGCAUUUUCCAAUUGAAAUAGACACAGCUGAUUAUGUUUCAUCGGGACCAUCUAUCCGAAACCCCAGAGCACGAGUAGUCACCUUAAGGGUUAAACUUUCCAGUUUGAAUUUAGAUGAUCAUGCAAAGAAGAAAUUUAUUAAGCUUGUGGGAGAACGCUACUGCAAGACCACAGAUGUGCUCACCAUCAAAACUGAUAGGUGCCCUUUAAGGAGACAGAAUUAUGAUUAUGCAAUGUAUUUACUGACAGUUUUGUACCAUGAGUCUUGGAAAGUGGAAGAAUGGGAGCAAAAUAAGACUGAAGCUGACAUGGAAGAAUAUAUAUGGGACAACAGCUCCUCAGAAAAAAAUGUCCUGGAAACUCUUCUUCAAAUUAGAGCUGCUGAGAAACAUCUGAAAGUAGGUAAAGAAGAGCUCCUGGGCACUAAAGAAGUUGAGGACUACAAGAAGUCUGUUGUUAGUCUGAAGAACGAGGGGGAAAAUGAAAAUACCCUUUCUCAGUACAAAGAAUCGGUGAAGAGGCUAUUUAAUUUGACAUGAAUUAUGUAAAAAAAUCUGCUUCCUUUAUUAAUUUUAUGAUACAUUUGUGCUCAUUAUCUAACAUAACAUAAAAUUGAAAAUGUUAUUAAAAAGCUAUUAUUUUACAUGAGAGUUAAAAUUAUUCUUUUCAUAGUAAUGUGCAAAGGCAAUGAUGAUUCAAAAGUUUUCUUGUGCACUGGGACAGUUGGACUCAUUUAGAAAAUCUCUUAUUUCUCCUGAUUCUAAAUUGUUCAUUUUUGGUUCUACUGUAAUAACUUUAGAUUCAUACCUGUACAUAUACUGUCUUGCCACCUGCUGCAUUUCCUUUCUUAUUCAUUUGCACUUGGUUGCUUUUGAGUAAUGAUUUUGGUUGCUUGGAAAGUUAGGCCCAGAACCCAGUUGUCUGGCUGCAGUUUGGUGCUUUAUUUAUUAGGGAGGUGGGUCUUUCAUGGUGUAGUAGUAAUACGUGCAAAUGCAAACAGAGGGGUAGCUGUGUGUAAUAAAGAAGUUGGUCCUGGGCCUCCCUGGUGGUGCAGUGCUGUCAAGCUGUCGCCACUAUGAGUUAGAUCCUGGCCAGGGAGCUAACCCACAUGGCACAGCAGACCUCUCCUGUCUUGCCUGCUGCUCCCCUCAGCAGCAUAUUCAGUAGAUCUGUCUAUUCUGCUCCCCACUCUUGUCUCUGGUGCAUUCUCUUACCCCAUUGCACCUCUGGGCUGGACCUCAGUUCUUGCAUGCAUUAAUAAAUAAAAUUCUUUUGUUCUUUUUCUUUUUUAAGAAGGUCCUGCCCAAAGAGAGAUAUGCCCUUUGCAUCAGCUUCCGGGAAGUAAUCUGUCUUACUUCACAGAGUGACUUUGUGUUUGGCAGGAACCAGUCACCAUGGAUUUUAGGGUAGGGCUGGCCACCACUGACAUCAUAAGUAUGCCAGAAAAACCAGCCAGGUGAUUUAGGGUGGGGGCUUGGAGUCCACCCUUCAAACCCUAAAGAAAUCAGUCAGUCAUACCUAUGUCAUAGAACCUCAUUAAAAACUUUGGACAUUGACGUCUGGGUAGGCUUCUCUGGUUGGCAGUAGUCUGGUCACAUUGUCACAGGCUAUUGCUGGGUGAGUAAUGCAUCCACCUUUGGGGACAUCAAUAACUAUGAGUUUGAAAUGCUUCUGGACUUCACUCUGCUUCUCUCUGCCGAUUUUAAUCUGUCCUUUCUUGUAAUAAAGUGUAACUGAGUAUAGAUAGCUUUCAUUGAGUUCUGGGAAUUCUAGUGAAGGACUGAGCUGAUGGUUUCACAUUUACAUUUGGUGCUGAAGUGAGGGUGGUUUUGUAGAUGACUGUGCCCUCUGUCUUGCACCAUUCAGCUAAUGGGGCAUCUGACUUGAGGUCUCUUCACUUGCUACAGCUUCGACUUCUAAUGGUAAAAUCUUAGACUUGUGAGUUGAAUAUGAAAGUAUCUCAAAAGGAUAACCAUUGUUGUUGUCAUUGUCAUUUUAGCAAUAGUUAAACAGCACUCUUCGUCAUUAGUUAGAUCCUUUAAUAGUCCUUUAAACUAUUCAUUGAUCUAGUACAUGUGAUGAACAGUAUCAUAUUUGUCCUUAUAUUGAGGGUUCUAGGCUAGUACAGACUUUGCUAUGUUGAUAUUUAGUCACUUCUAACUUCUAACUAUUGUUGUUUAGAUCAGAAGUUGCUCUUGAACAAGUAGGCAACUAAGAAAUAGAACAGGUAUUGUAACAAGGUGGGCAGGGAGAGGGGCAGCCCAGAAUCCCUAAACCUGCCUGCUCUAAACAGAUUCUGCCAUCUACCACAUCAAGACAAAACAUACAGACCUUUAAUGGAAAGGAACUUUAAUACAAUUAGUGUGUAAAACAGAAAAGACAAAGAAUAUAGUUUCCAAAUCAAGCACCCAAAGUUACCCAUCCCUUUGUGGGUAAAAGUCCACCCAAACGGGGUUGGCCCAAAGCAAGGCCUGAAAGCCUGCCACAAGUCUAAAGUACUUUUCAGCAGGGACACAUAGAAAGGGUCAGAAAAAGCCAGACAAGUCUGGGAGGAAAAGAGCAAAAUCAAAAUCAAGGUAAGAGCUGCCAUUGUUAGCCUCCCCACAGGUCUUUUACCCAUAUCUGUUUUCACCCAGUCCAGGACCACAAAGCAAGUGCAGCGUCUUCACACAUCUCUCUGCUCCAUGUGCCUCCUCCAGGUCUCCUUCUUGCUCCCCAUCCUGCUUCCUUCCUUCCCCAGUCUCCUCUCCAGCUUCUUCCCUGCUCACCUCCACCCUUCCUUGGCUGGAGCAGGGAAACUGGAACCUCCCCUUUUCCUGGGGACCACCCUGUUACAGUAUGUUUUCUUAAUUGUAGGAUCCUUUAAUAGUUCUUUGUAUAUUUCCAGUUUUGAUGAGCAUUUCAGAAUACUGGAUCAUUAUAGACUUUUCAUAAGAAGUCUGGCUAGUUACAGUGUUGGAAAGAUUUCAGUAUCCUGACUAUUAAGCAAAUGAGUAUAACCUCCUUAGCCUUAGUUGUUGUCUGGCCCUCAUAUCUUUGUUUUUUAAGAAAUCUCUAUAUUCACUUAGGACUCCUCUAUGGCUCUGCUGACUCCCAGGAAGGACAUGGUUUCUAGGCCAUCGGUUUAGCAAUAAUUGGUGACUCCGGUCUGGUGACCUCUCCAGUCUGAGUUUACUUACCUUAUCUGAUGAUCAAAGGUAGAGUCUGGACAAGAGUAGAGUUUGUUUUCAUACCAAAUAUGAUUUUUCCAAAUUAUGGUCUUUUCUAUAAACUAAUCUCAGUUUUAGAGAGUGAGUAAAAUUAUGAGAAAAACAAAGGGAGAGAAACCUUUCCCCCCCCCCCUCCUAUCAACUCUAGUUAUUGUUGGGAAAUCUUUAAACAAUUUUACAUAUAUAUGUAUAUGUAUAUGUGUGUGUGUAUAUAUAUGUAUAUAUAUUAAAGAAAAUAAAUUCAGAGGGCCAUGGAAACUCAAUUUUUAAAGACAACUUGAAUUUAUUUACAUAUAAUUUUAAGAUAAUUUAAAUUGUGAAAUCCUUCUUAAGCAGCAUGUUUUCCCUCCAUAAUGUAUCAAGAAAGAUUGAUAAAAUUUAUGAUACUUAUGAAUAGCAUGUAAAAGUCAGUUGAGGGCCUCCCCAGUGGCGCAGCGGUUGAGCGCUGGGUUGUGAAGCUGCCCGCAGCCUCUGCAGCGCCAGUUUGAUCCCCGGCUGCUCCCCGGCCACUGGAGGAGGGUCCCACAUGGCGUGCAGACCUCUCCUGCCGCCCGCUGCUCCCCUCAGCAGUGUACUUCGGUCCUUCUGCCUGCUCUGCUCCCU